AUGCUGGUUUAUGAGUAUGUUGAUAACUGGAACUUAGAACAGUGGCUUCAUGGUGAAGUUGGACCUUGCAGCCCUCUCACGUGGGAUAUUCGCAUGAAUAUUAUACUUGGAACAGCAAAAGGCUUAACGUACUUCCAUGAGGGGUUGGAACCGAAGGUAGUUCAUCGGGAUAUUAAAUCGAGCAACAUUUUGCUUGAUAAGCAGUGGAAUCCCAAGGUUUCAGAUUUUGGGCUUGCCAAGCUCCUGGGGUCAGAAAGGAGCUAUGUAACGACAAGAGUGAUGGGAACAUUUGGUUAUGUUGCUCCCGAGUAUGCUAGUGCUGGUAUGUUGAAUGAGAGGAGCGAUGUGUAUAGUUUUGGGAUUCUUAUUAUGGAAAUCAUUUCUGGUCGAAACCCAGUCGACUGCAGCGGGCCUCCAGUAGAGGUUAGUAUGGAUUUACUUCAUACCAGAAGUUUGUUGAGUUUGACUGAAGGGGUUUUGGAUCCUAAAUUGCCGGAAAAACCUUCUUCAAGGGCAUUGAAAAGAGCUCUUCUAGUAGCUCUGCGUUGUGCCGAUCCUGAUGCACAGAAAAGACCGAAGAUGGGGCAUGUGAUACACAUGCUUGAAGUCGAUGAUUUUCCAUAUCGAGAUGAACGGCGCACCGGACGAACAUAUAGAAGCAGCCCUCAUGAGAAAACAAGUUUGUUAGAAAAGCCAGUGACUGAAUCGGGCGAUAGUAGCGGGUACGAGAGCAAUACCAACGUCAACGGACCUUCUAGGUGA